CAAACCACAACAUUGGAUUUUGGAUCCUGUUCCUCCACAAAGGAAUUAUUGAGAUUUUGAGGAUUAAAUAGAUUAUUCGACUGAAACACGUGCACAGUAAUCUUUAUCUAUGAAAAACAUGCCAGUAGAGCUGAAUAGCUUGACAGAGGGAUGGCUCGAGUUAGAAAGCGACCCAGGAUUGUUUACCCUAUUGUUAGAGGAUUUCGGCGUAAAAGGGGUUCAGGUAGAAGAGAUUUAUGACUUACACAAACCCUUGGAAAGUCCGGUAUAUGGGUUUAUCUUUUUAUUCCGAUGGAUAGAAGAGCGCCGCUCCCGCAGGAAGUUCGUGGAACAGAUUGAAAGUUUCGUGCGCGAUGAAGAGACUAUAAACAAUAUAUUCUUUGCUCAGCAAAUGGUCCCGAACAGUUGCGCCACUCAUGCCUUGCUGUCUAUACUAUUAAACUAUCCUAAUCUUCAUUUAGGAGAAACACUAAGCAGAUUAAAGCACCAUACUCUUGGAAUGAACCCAGAGAACAAAGGCUGGGCCAUUGGGAACACUCCAGAGUUGGCUUGUGCUCACAACUCUCAUGCCAUACCACAAGCUAGGAAGAAGACUGAUAAAAAUGCUGGUGUGUCCACUGGACGAUUCACAGGUGAAGCAUACCACUUCGUAUGUUUUGUGCCAAUCAAUGGUCAUUUGUUUGAGCUGGAUGGGCUCAAACCUUACCCUACGGAUCAUGGGCCUUGGGCAUCUGAUGAGGACUGGACAGAUAAGUUUAGGAGAGUCAUGGCAGAGAGACUGGGUAGAGACGCUGGAGAGCAAGUACAUGAUAUAAGGUUUAACCUAAUGGCAGUUGUGCCUGAUAGGCGGCUAGCACUAACUCAGAAGCUGAACGCACUUGAGCUUAACCAGAAGAGGGUAAAGGAAGCAAUCUCAAAAAUAGGAAAGCAUUUACGACAUUUACUUUCUAAACGGAGAGAAGUUAAUGAGCAAGGUGAAUUAUUAUCAGAAGGCAGCAAUGAGAACUCUCUCAAUGAAAAUAUAGUGCAGAUCAGCGAGGAGACAAUACUAACUGCUUUAGAGUCAUCACAACUGCAGUUGUAUGAUGUGGACUAUACAAGACCCAUGACUAUUGAGAUUGGAGCUAAUGAUCGCCCACAGCAAGACAGCAGUAUUAUUUUAGUGGAUCCAGUCGAACAGGGUGCAGUUGUAAAGUUUGUAACAAUCAACAGAGACAAUCAAAUAGUAGGAGAUCUGUAUCCCACCUCCAUCACUGCUCUAGUAAAAAGCAAUGAUUCUCCUAUAUUGGUGUGCUGUGAGACAGAACCUGAUCAACCAAUCAAACUGAAGAAAUUAUUGCUAACACACUCGGAACUAAAUGCUUUGAUGAGCAGUAUUGUUAACGAGGUUCAGCAAUGUCAGCAAGCUCUCAAUGAUGAGAAUGAUAAAAGGGAUAUGUAUAAGGUGGACGACUGCCGACGCACACACAACUACGACGAAUUUAUAUGCACUUUCCUAUCAAUGCUGGCUGAACGCGGGGCGCUGGGUGAACUGGUUGCGGCACAGCUUGAACGCGGCCGGUCAUCGCGAGCGCGCAGGCGCAGGCCCCGUCCACGCCCCCGGGCCAGACCUAGGCCUAGGCCCCGCGCACGGAAAUAACGUGCUCAUAGAACAUGCCUACGCCAUAAUGCAUUAGUCACUUUGUUUUUGUUCUGUGCAGCUAUAUUAUAUGAACGUAUAGUAUAUUCGUGUAAAGUGUGUGUAGCUAAUGCAUAGUCGCGAUUUCAAUCCCCGCCUAACUCCACUUCUAGUGUAAGCAUACCUUUAUAGUUUGAAAAUGUUAAGUAGCUUUAAAUGAGUACUCAGUAUAAGUACAUUUUAUUUUUAAGUGGUAUUCUUUUACAAUUUACCAUCUCGCAUCCUUUGCGUUUAUUUAUUCUCGUAAGAACAUUUAUGUAGCGGGACUACGUGAAUGUUAUCUUACUUAAUUCAGUUUAUUUUUUGUGAACAUUUAAGUAAAAUAGGGACAAGGAUAAGAAGUAAUAAACAGGAUUUUUAAAAACGAUUUUUUAUUAUCAUACUACGAACAGCGCCGUAUUUACAUGGUCAUCAUAUUGUUAAAGAAAUGUAACAACAACGAUUGAUUAUUGUUUGCUUAGGCACGUACUUCAUCGAACAACAUUCUUAUAUAUUUAGCUAACGAGCACGGUACGAUGUGCGUAUCGAUGACAAUCUCUCGACGAUAACUCUUUAUCGUCAAGUAUAAUCGUAUUACCCCAUGGUAACCUUACCGCAUUCUCCUUAUAAUGUAUAUUAGUGAAAUACAACACAUUGCAUGCACAAUAUGCUUACACUGAUAUGAAACUGACGAUGCAUUGUCAGAUUUCAUCGAUACGCAAUGACGUGCAAUCUAUUACUAUAAAAGUGAGUGGUAACAGUAUACUUUCACAUACACAAGUAUGGCCUGAAAUAUUUAAAAUACAUAUGUUAACUACAUGAGAGAAUUGACUCAAAGCACAAUCUAUGAAACCCAUAAGUUACACGAUUAGAUUAGGUUAUUACAACAUGAAGAACAUCUAAGAAUAAUCACGAAAACAGCAUGGGUUAUCGCCAACAUUAUUGACAUUCAGUUGUAAUAACUGUUGUC